AUGGCAGUUUCCUUUUUAGUUUGUUCCCUGUAUUUGCUGAUCUCUGCUUUGCAACCAGGAGACGUGGGUGCCAAUGGGGAGUACUGCCACGGCUGGGCCGACGCAUACAACAUCUGGCACAAAGGCUUUCAGUGCCCAGAGCGAUAUGAUGGUGAGGACGCCAGGUACUGCUGCGGGACCUGUACGCUGCGCUACUGCUGCACUGCAGCUGAGGCCAGGCUGGAUCAGAGCAGUUGUGACAACGACAACUUUUUCGAGUUCGAAAACGAUGAAAAAACAAACCAAAAAAACCCACAAGUGCCCACAUACUUGCCGUUCUUGAUUGUUGCGGGCGCAUUCGUGUCCUUUGUGGUCGUCGGGUCAGUUGUUGCCGUCUGCUGCUGCCAUUGCCUGAAGCCAAAGCCCAGGGAGAGGCAGGGUGGGUCGGUGCCGGUGCAAAGCCGCCUGCUUGAAUCCGGAGGCCCCUCCUCAGACGGAAUGACCCCGUCCCGCCACUCCAGCGCCAGUUCCAGCUCCGCAGGAAGGUCGACAGUGGCCCGCCAGCAGAAUGCCUGCACCAUGGGCACGGAGGUCACUGUCAAUAUGUACGGGGCAGGAAACGGGCACCCCAUUAUGGGCCCUCAGGUCCAGCAGUACCUGCCUGCUGCACAUGGCCCAUUUUUUCAGCCUUAUGUGAACUACGGGAUGCCCCCAGAGCACAACAUCCUGAUGACCCAGGCAUAUCUGGACAACCGCUCCACCUACAGCCAGCACCAGGCCCAACCCUUCCCACAAGCCCCCAUGCACACUGAACCGCUGUACCCAGGGGUGACUUUGUGA